AAGCUGGCCUGUGCUGCUCCACUAGCUUUGAGCUCGAGCGAAGGCGGACGAGGAAGGCGAGCAUCUCGAAACUGCCAGCGCUGGAUCCGUCGUCGAUGGCGAGGAAGGUGCAGCCGUCGCGCAUGAGAAAACCGACCGUAUUGUUGGCCUCAGUGUGGGAGUGCCAGAAGUGGUGGCAUUUGGCCAAGGGGAGCCAAUGGAGGGCGAGUGCUUGAAAGUCCUGGCUGCCGCCGCUGUAGGAGCGGACGAGGUCGUUGUCCUUGGAGAUGCCAAAGAAGGCGAUAUUUCCCGGCGGAGGGGAUUUUGGAUCCAUUGCCAUUGGGAGCACCGUCGAUGGAUCUCGGAGUGGAAUGCUGCCCGGCGGAGGGGAUUUCGGCCUCCAACACCAUUGGGAGCUCAUCGGAGGGUCUCGGAAUGGAAAGGAGGCGAUCGCGGGCAGAUUGAGAUCCUUGGAAGGGAGGGGGGAUUAUGGAUUUACGGGAAGGCAAGGAAGACGAGGGAAGAAGGAUGCCCUCGAGGAUCCCGUUGUUCGUGUUGGAGGUAAAUAGAUGUUUGGCGUGCAACUCUGUAGCCUACGAGGAAGCCAAAAGCACCCGCCGUCCACAAUAUAAAAUGCAGUCAGUCACAGCGCCGCCCACGCAACCUUAAUCAUCCCUUCAAGGAGGUCACUAAACAAUCGCAGAGCCACAGCUCCACCACCAACUACUAAAAAAGAGAGAAGCACUAGGCAGGGAUGCUGGAGGAAACCGAGUACUAUGACAUUCUCGGUGUCAGUCCGGCAGCUUCGGAGGAGGAGAUCCGCAAAGCUUACUAUCUAAAGGCAAGGCAAGUUCAUCCCGACAAGAAUCCAAAUGAUCCGAAAGCCUCAGAAAAAUUUCAGACACUUGGGGAAGCCUACCAGGUGCUGAGUGAUCCAGUGCAGAGAAAAGCUUAUGAUGGUUUUGGUAAAGAAAGUGUUUCCAGGGAAAAUAUGUUAGAUGGCACUGCCAUAUUUACCCUUCUUUUUGGAAGUGAACUUUUUGAAAAUUACAUAGGACACCUUGCAGUGGCCUCAAUGGCAUCAUCUGAAUUAACCAGUGAAAAUGACAGUCCAGAGAAACUUCAAGAUAGAUUGAAGGCUGUGCAAAGAGAAAGAGAGGAGAAACUCGCUAGGUUCUUGAAAGAUUUUCUCAAUCAAUAUGUUUCUGGUGAUCAAGAAGGAUUCUUCCAUCGUGCAGAGUCUGAAGCGAAGAGGCUUACCAACACAGCCUUUGGAGUAGAGAUUCUACAGACAAUUGGUUAUGUGUAUAGAAGACAGGCUGCCAAAGAGUUAGGCAAGAAGGUCAUGUAUCUCGGCAUGCCAUUUUUGGCUGAAUGGGUGAGACACAAGGGGCAUUUGUGGAAAUCACAAAUAUCGGCAGCUAAAGGUGCUUUUCAGUUGCUGCAAAUUCAAGAAGAUCUAUGCAGGCAACUCAACAAAGAUGGUACAAUUACAGACAAAGAUGUCGAAUAUCAUACGAGGAUAAACAAGGAUCUUAUGGUAGAUUCAUUGUGGAAACUUAAUGUUGUCGAUAUCGAAAUGACACUUGUACAUGUGUGCCAAAUGGUUUUGCAAGAAAUCAAUGUCAAGGAGGAAUCAAAGUCUCGCAUGGUAGCUUUAAAGAUUCUUGGAAAGAUUUUCCAGGGUUGCCCUUUGAAGAAGGAAAAGUAUGCCUUGCCUGCUCCUGCCGCAAAAGAAAAAAUAGUUCAAGAUGAUGAUGACACUAAUUCAGACUCAACUAGUUCAGUUGAUGAUUCUCCGAGGCGGCUUCCAUAUCGAACGCCAUUUCUUAUUCAGGGCAUUGGAAGAUUCUUUAGAUGCAUUUGUAACCCUGCAUAUGAUGUGGAUGGUGAUCAUGAGCCACCAAGUAAGUGAUGCUGAGGUGAGUUCUAUGCUGAUUCCGACGACUUCAGAGCUCGAAGAAUCGAAGGUGGAUGCGGCGAAGUUCAGUCGUCGUCGUGUAUAGAGAUCAGUAAAUUUUAGCACCAUUUGUGUGCAAAUGCAGUUUAAACACUUAAAUAGUCUUCAUGGUUUGAUUUAAAUUUCCAAUGCGUAAAUCGAACAGAUCUAUGAAUUAACA